AUGUAAGAAUAAGAUAUAAACUGCACAAAUAGCGAAAAAGAAAGGAGAGCUAAUGAAUAGUUUAGAUAAGAACAUUAGUUAGACGACCAAAAAUUUAAUAUAUUUUUAGAGAUGCAGAAAUUAGUUAAAAAGGAACUUGAAACUAAUGCAGAUGUGUAAGGCUAAAAUAAAGAUAAGAUUACUGAUCCAAAACAUUUAUUAAGAUAGCUCAAAGCGAGAGAUUUUAACAUUGAAAAAACAAUUGAAAUGUGGAGGAAUUGGAUAUUAUGGAGAAAAAAAUAUGAUAUAGAUAAUAUAGGAUUGGAAACAAUCGAAAGCGAAAUGAAGACAGGAAAAGCUUUUUGGCAUAAAUACGAUAAAUAAGGAAAUCCAUGCUGUGUAGUUAGGAUUAAAAAUCAUAUUGCUGCAGAAACAACACACGAUAAAGUUAUAAAAUUUAUGAUUUACUUAAUGGAAGUAGGUAUUAAAAUGAGCGAAAAAAGUGGCACAGAAAAAAUGUGUGUUAUUUGGGAUAGAGAAGGAUUUUCGUCAAAAAAUUUUGAUUUCUAAUUUAUCACUCUUAUGAAGUCUCUUGUUUCGAUGUUCUAGGAUAACUAUGCAGAAAGAUUAGCUUAAGUGUACAUCUUAUAUCCUAGUUUUAUAAUGAAAUAGGCUUUCAAUAUAUUCAGACCUAUGUUAGCUGAAAAAGUGAGAAACAAAAUUAAUAUCGUUAAUGAGCUGUCAGAUAUCAAAAAGUUUUUUGAUGAAGAUUCUAUUUUAAAAAUACAUGGAGGAAAGAGUGAUUUUGAAUACAGAUACCCAGAUAAUAUUCUUUGUGAUCCUCUAAAUGCUGUUCUACCUUACAUUCCAAGCAGACCUAAUCAAAGUAUUAAUAGGAACCAGAGCUUUAGUUUUUAAAACAGCUAUAAUUAAGGAGAAAAUGUAAGUCCUUUAAAUAGGAGUUCCAAUUUCUUUUCAAUAGAAAAUGAUUCCACUGAGUUUUUCAACAUACAAAAUAGCCAAGAAAUAGAUUGUGAUGUAGAACCAGAAUCAUAUUCAUAAAGUUCUAACAACUUUUAAGAUUUAUAAAAUCAAUUUAAAACUCCUGAAGAAAAUUCUCCAUAAAAUCUCCAAAAUGUUAAAAAUUAAUAAAUAUAGCAAGACUAAAUAUAUAAAGAAGAUGUAAUAGUAGAUUAAUUUUAAAACCACAAUCAAAAAAAGACAACAGACUUAUAUAAAUACAGUCACCCUAAUUACGAAAAUAAUUAAGUUGUCAAUUCAGGUUGUUGUGGAUGUAAAUCUGGAAGCAGUUGCUCCAUAUUUUGA